AGGUGUUACACAUUUGAUCUCAUUUGACCUUUUUCAACUAAUAUUCAAAGUUUAUUUCUAACAAAUGGAUCACAGAAAAGUGAUCAUACAUGUGUUUUUCUAACAAAUGUCUUGUUGCAUUUACUGUACAGUUGUUCAGUUAGAAAAUGAAAGCCAUAGUGCAUACAGAGCAAACAACAAGUCAAAUUAAUUUGCAUGAUCACCAGCUGGAAUGGAAAUACUGGCAUUCAAACCGGCUAUAGUCAGGCGUAAAUGCACGGGGAUUAGAAUUGGAUGAAAGGACGAGGUGGUGGCAGUAGUGGCAAGUAAACGGAGUAAACGAGGGUCUUGUGAUGGCGUCAGGUGUGAUUCCUGGAUGUCAGGUAAUGAGUGAUCUCCUGACUUUCCGUGAGAAAGGUGUCCUCUUCACUCUGCUCCACCCUCAGUGUAAGCUGAUCAAGUCCACAGUAGCACAGGUUCUGGUUGCAGAAGAGACCGGGGGUGAGAGUCCAGGCUGGACUUGGUUGGGUUGUGGCGCUGUGUGUCUCAUUGAGGAUACUUACAUCCACACCUACUUCCUGCGUCUGUACUGUGUCAAGCACGCCACUUUACUGUGGGAGCAGGAGCUGUACAUCCCAUUCAAAUACACUGCACCUUGCAAGUUCUUCCACACAUUCCCUGCAGAUGGCAACCAGGUAGGCCUCAACUUUGCCAAUGAGGCAGAGGCAGAAGAAUUUCUUCUGUCCGUCGAGGCUGUUCAAAGAGACCAAGAAAAGAUGACCAUGAUGAGUGAAAAAACAGAUGUUGAAAAAAAAAUCAAGUCGACAAGUGAUCUGCCUAAUUUUGGUACAAUUAAGCGACUGGACCUUUUAGACAAGGAGCAACAUUUCCAGAAGGAGGAAAGACCUAUGUUAAAGGAACUGGACCCUGGUAUGAGGAGGCUGUUGGUGCAGGCAAGCCUCACUGAGGAAGAUCUGCAAGAAAAAGAUGUUUCAGAAGCUGUUGACUGCAUCAUCAAACAAUUUGGAGGAAUAAAGGCUGUGCAAAGAGAGCUGAGGAACAGAGGCCCUGUAUCUCACACCUUGCCAAGAGCUGCAGGGGCGUCCAUCUCUCUCGCUUUGAAGAAAGGGCCUUUACCACCAGUUCCCUCUCAAGGCAGCAGCACCUCCCAGUCCACACCACCGUUCACAAACUCACUACAUCAGAGUACUAUUCCCCUGCAGAUUCCUCUUCCUCCAUCUACUCCUGCGCCAGUUCUCACAGAGAGGAUCAGAAAGAGCGCAAGUUUCAAACCUGUGGCCUCGCAAGCAGCUUCAGAAAAGGGUGACCUUAUUCUUAAUGCAAUGAGGGAACUCUUCAGACAAAAGAAGAUGCAAAGGACAAGUGCAGAUCAGAGUGAUAUUGAGCCAGACACUAAAAGCGACGAGAUCUUUGGAAGAAACUCCUGUUUAAAUUGAGUUGUCAUUUAAAAUGUAUUUGAUAGGGGCUGAUAUGCUGCCUCUUGUCUCUUAUUCUCUCACAAGGCCAUAGCUGAAUCAAGCUGUUAACACAAGUUACUGCUGCACCCCCUUAUCAGUGUGUUUUGAUCAGACACUGUCACCCCCAAGUAGGAAUCUUUAUUAUUUACCCAUAAUCCAACUAGUACUCCUGUGAUGUUAUACAACCUGGUUACAUGCUUUUAUUAUUGUGUAUGUUUUUUUGUGCAAAACUUUUAUGAUUCAGUUCACCUCAUUACGACUUCAUCUAUGUCCUUUAUUUGAGUUGAAUGGAGAAGAAGAAAUGUACAAAAAGACAGAAUGACCUAAAACAAAGACAACAAGAAGAAAAUUAGGAAUUGGUCAAAAGUAUCUAUAGACCAAGAAAGGAAUAAAGCAAUGCCAAAGCAUAAAAUAAGUUUCCCUUAACCUGACGCUGAAGGAGCUCAAAUUCUGUUUCCCUCUGAAAUGUUGUCCGUUCUUACCUUACAGGCUGAGGAACCGGCAAAUACAAGAACUUUUCAAAUACUGUGAUUUAAUGUUUAAGAAUUUGCACCAUUAAACUGAAAUAACUCUA